UUUGUUCAUUUUUCAAUUUCAAGUUCUAGGGUUUGGAUUUUUUGAUUGGGAAUGGAUUUUAGCUUUAUCAGGAUAGUUUGUUGUUGAAUUCUUUGUUUCUUUUUGUGUUGAUUGUUUCCUUAGGGUUUAUUCAUGUUCUUAAUUCUCUAAUUUUUUUUUUUAAUUUUUGAUUUUAAGUUUUGAACUGAGAUUUGUGAAGUAUAGGUUGAAUAGUAUCUGCUUGCAUAAAGUAAGUUGAAACAUGUGCAAAUGAAGUUAUGUUGUUGGUUGAAUCAUGAUUUAAUUUGAUUUGUUUAUUUUUUUUAUCUAAGUAAUUUAUAUACUGAAAUUAGAGAUAAGAAGAAAAGCUUAAGCUUGAGGCUCAACAAGAGGACUAGGAUUUUUUUUUUUUUAAUAUUGUAUGGUCAUUCCAUGUUAUGAUGCUAAUGAUGCAAUAUUCGGAGGAAAAGAACAUAAUAGAAGAAGUAGACCGAUCUUAGUGCAUGUUUGGUUCUGCAGUGACGGAAAUGAUUUUGAAUGAAUUGAUUUUACUUAGAAAUGUGAGUUGAAUGUUAAGUGAUUUAUAUUUGGAUACAUUUGCAUAAAAGUGAGUUGAACAAUAUAUUCCAUUGUAAAAAUCAUGUUUAGAUUCAAAAGUUAUAAAUCUUAGCUUCAAGUUAGAAUCAUUUUUGGAGGCAAAGUUAAUUAUACUCUAGAGCUACCAAACAUGUUGAAAUCAAUUUUACACCUUCAGAAUCAUUUCUAGUUGUCCCAAACGUGGAACCAAACAUAGGCGUAUGUUUAGUGUUGGAAGGAAAAUCUGUAACCAAUAGCGUGCUGCAUGUUUUCUUAUGCGCUGACAAAUUCAGCUAGUAAAACUCAAAUGUUUUGAUGGGUUCAUUUUUAAAGUGAAUGUUGGGAAUGUUUAUAGUUUCUUGAUAGCAAAAUGUUUAUUGUCGUGAGAUUGACUACCUGUUUUUUUAUUGGGAAGAUGAUAAUGAAGUCUAGUUAAUGGGGCCAGGGCUUGUGUUUGAAAUUCAGACGAUAAUAAAUUGUAUUAACUGGCGUUAGAAAUUGAAACCGUAAAUGGUUGUAGCAAUUAGUUUUUGAAGUGGAAACAUUAAGUUGUAGAAGUAUUUGGUUUGAAUAUAGUUUGUUUUGCCGAAAUCUUUAUAGCAUUUGUCAUAAUAAUAACGUAGAUUUCUUCUUGAUGCUGCAUUGAGCAUUUAUGUCUAUUAAACUACGUUUUUGUAUGGUAUCAUUAUUAGACUCGUGUAAGCCAAGUUUAGUUGUGUAUGAAUAUGUUUUAUAUUUACAAUCAAUGCGACUUGCUUGAGAUUUGAGAAGAAGCUGCAUCAUGUUUUAUUUUUCGUUCAAUAAUAUUCUGUUUCAAAAGAUUUCUACAUUUAUAUCAAAAAGGGCUUCUAAUGGUGCCAAUGAGACUUGAGAUAAUUGUAUCACAUCUAACAGCUUUUUUUUUCCUUAAAAUGGAUUUUUUUUUUUGUCAAAAUAUUUCAUUGUUCAUAAUUAACAUGUAAUCUAGAUAUCAGAUAGCUCAUUUCAACUUAGUACUGGGCCAUUAUGCUAUGAGGUCUUUGUAUUAUCAGUCUUGAGGGUAUUUUCUAUGAAAAUGAAAAUUUGUCCUAGAUGUUAACUUUGAAAUUGAAAUGGUGCAAUAUGCAAAAAGCUGAUAGUUUGGUAUAAAAAUGGGGACCAGGUCCCAUAUAGAGCUGAACCUCUCAACCCUUAUAUUUAGUGUCCACAUGGAUAUCUCUACAUCAUACCCAAUGGAGUUUGAUUUUCUGUUAAUAUUUUGAUCCUUUCAGGUACACGUCCAAUUGUUCCCUUGUAAAUCAGAUUUGCCCUUUAUGUGCUGUAGUACCACAUCUGUGUAAUGCAACACUCUCUGCUCUGUAGUUUUUGUUCAAAAGAUGUGGGGAAAUUAGUGCAAUGGCAGCAUCCACCAAGUUUGACGUAUCUUCCACCAGCCCAGAUAGACCUCUGUACACUGGGCAGCGAGGAUCCCACGUAGCUGCUUCAAUAGAUAGAUCAGGUAGCUUUCGCGAGAGCAUAGAAAAUCCAAUUCUGUCUUCUCUUCCAAACAUGUCAAGAAGCAGUUCUUCAGCGACUCAAGGGGAUGUGAUGAGCUUCUUCAGUUGUGUGCGUUUUGAUCCAAAGUUAGUUGCUUUAGAUCAUAAGUCUAAUCGUCCAAUGGAUUAUAAACGCCAUGUCAGUGCUGCACUUGGCAUUUCACCGGAUGAAUCUCCAUCCAGUUAUGCAAAAGGCAAGCAAUUGACAUCCGUAGUACCGGAAGAUAUCAAAAGACUCAGGGAUGGGUUACAUGCUAACUUUAGAAGGGCAAGGGAUCGUGCUAAAAUGUUCAGUGAAGCCUUAUCUAGAUUCAACAAAGAUUUUCCAAAUAUAACUUCAAAGAAGAGAUCUCGAGCAGACAGUUUUUCUACUGACCGUUCCAGUUUUACAUUAAGUGAUCGACCAGUCUUGGGCCCCAGUAUUGGUAAGGUUGGAGUUCAUGGUCAUACAGUCAUAGGCAGUUUCGAACAUGACCAGCAAAAGUUGGAAGAAAGAACCAAAAAUGCUGUUCCAAACAAGCGCACUAGAACUUCUUUGGUUGAUGUCAAGAUGGAUGUGCGGACAAAUUCACUCGUCAGGUCAUCUGGGAUUGUAGAUAGAGAGAAGGAUAUCGUACGAGUUGCUAAUAAUGGUACAAUUCAAGGCGAGGAACGAACUUUUCCCAUUGGAGGUGAUGGUUGGGAAAAGUCUAAAACGAGGAAGAAGCGUUCUGGCAUCAAACCCGACGGGUCUCAGAGUACAACAUCGGCAAAACCUGUUAACAUUUUCCAGGAAACUAAGCAAGGAAUGCAACAAAGACUAGCUACUGAUGCUCGGUCAAAACUGAGUAACGAUUCUCAUUCUUUCAGGUCGGGCCUUUCUAAUGUAACUGCUGGAGCUGGAAAAUCAGAUGGCGUCUCUCAACAAGUUGGGUUAGGCACACGUGUUUCUACUCCUAGAAAUGAUGCCGAUAGCAAUUCUGCAAUCAAUGAUAGGCGGGAUCGUCCUGUUAAUUCAGACAAAGAAAGGAUGAAUUUCAGAGCCACUAACAAGGCAACUGUCCGUGAUGAAUUUAAUUCAACUAGCCCUAAUUCAAGUGUAAAAUUGAAUACAUCUGUUCGGGCACCACGAUCAGGUUCAGGAGUUGCAUCGAAGUUGUCACCUGUUAUCCACAGAGCAACUGUUCCUAAUGAUUGGGAAUUAUCUAAUUGUAGCACUACCACCAAGCCCCCUGCUGGUGUUGGCACAAACAAUCGCAAACGUGCAGCAUCAGCACGUUCAUCUUCUCCACCUGUUAUCCCCUGGCAGAGGCCACAAAAGAGCUCCCGCACUGCCAGAAGAGCAAGUUUUAUUCCCGUUGUUUCGAGUAAUGCUGAUUCCCCUGUUUUGGAUUCUGUAUCUGAUGCGUCUGGCAGUGAUCUUGGGUUAGGAGUUGCCAAACGUUUGUCUGGUGGUUCUCCCCAGCAAAUAAGGUUAAAAGGGGAUCCAUCAUCUUCAGCUGCCUUAUCUGAAAGUGAAGAGUCAGGGGUGGCUGAGAUGAAACCUAAAGACAAGGGCAGGAAACCAGAUGAGAUAGACCAGAAAGCUGGACAAAAUGUUCAAAAGGUUUCUAACAUGGUGCCUCCAACGAAACGAAAUAAACUUGUAUCCAGGGAAGAACAUGGAGACGGCGUUCGGAGGCAAGGAAGGACAGGGCGGAAUUUUCCUGCUACAAGGUCAUUGGUGCCAAUGACAUCUGAGAAGCUAGGAAACAUAGGGACUGUAAAGCAACUCAGAAGUUCAAGACUAGGAUUUGAGAAGAGUGAAAGCAAGGCAGGUCGGCCACCAACCAGGAAACUUUCUGAUCGGAAGGCAUAUGCUCGUCAAAAGCACUCAGCAAUUAGUGCAUCAGCAGAUUUCCUUGUUGGGCCAGAAGAUGUACAUGAAGAGCUAUUGGCUGCUGUAAAGGGUCUUAUCGACUCUGGUUGUGCUUUUUCUAGCCAAUUUUGGAGGCAGAUGGAGCCUUUCUUUGGUUUGAUAAUUGAGGAGGAUAUUGCAUACUGGAAACAGAAGAUAAAUCUUGAGUCAAGCGGAUUGACGCCAACUCCAGUUUCUUCAAAUAUAGAUGAUUAUGAAGCUGCUGCUAAUGGGGUUGGGUUGAUGGUUUGUGGAAGAGAUAUUGCACCUGAUGCUCAAAGGGGUGCUGGAAUUGUUAGUGAGCAAUUGCAGAUAACUAAAGGGGAUUGUAAUGUAAUUCCCCUUUGUCAAAGGCUGCUAUCUGCUUUAAUUUCAGAGGAGGAUUGCAGUGGAAGUGAAAAUCUCAAUUUUGACGCGUAUGAUACCCAAUUUGAGACAAAUGGAGAAUUUGAACUGAACCGUUUGGAUAACCACUCACUAGCUAACUAUAACUUCACCAGUCAUUCUGCUUGCAAUGGUUAUAGGACAACUGAGAAGCCAGAACAUGAUGAUACUAGAAGUGAUGUGGUAGAUAUUCCAUCCAACGGGUUGCGCUCAAGCCAGAAGUCGCCUAUCAUAACCUCUUCAGAGUUGGAAUAUGAUGCCUUGGAUAUAAAUGACAAGAUUCUGUUGGAGCUUCAGAGCAUUGGAAUUUCCCCAGAACCUGUGCCUGAAAUAUCGCAAACAGAUGAUGAAGGAAUUUUCGACGAUAUCACUAGGUUAGAAGAGAAUUAUCAAAGACAGAUUUCCAAGAAGAAAGGCUUGCUAGAAGGGUUAUUGAAAUCUGCCUCAGUGACCAAAGAAUGUCAAGAAAAGGAUUUUGAACAACGCGCUCUAGACAAACUCGUUGUAAUGGCUUAUGAAAAAUACAUGGCUUGUCGGGGCCGUAAUCCCUCAGGUGGGAGAAAUACAAGCAGCAAAGUGGCCAAGCAAGUAGCAUUGGGAUUUGUUAAACGGACAUUGGAGCGGUACCAUCAAUUUGAAGAUACAGGCAAGAGCUGCUUCAACGAGCCUUUAUUCAAGGACAUGUUCUUUGCUGCUUCCCAAAGGAGUAGUGUUCGGCUAGUAGAUGGCAUAGAGGCUGAGUCUGCAAAACCACAUGCUUCUUCCCGUUCUCUGGAAGCAAGAACAGGUUCCAUUAGUUCACGGAGGAGCCCUGCACAAUUUAGUCCGAACAUGAAUAAUCAUGAUGUCAAUUUAUCAGAUAUUUUUCCUGUUAUAAAUAAUUCAUCUGAACAAACUAGUGGGAAGGAAGAUCUUUGGUCAAACAGGGGGAAGAAAAGGGAAUUAUCCCUUGACGAUGUUGGCGCUUCAAGUGGUCCAUCGGGCAUUAGAGGUUCUCUAUCAAGCAGCACAAAAGGAAAGAGAAGCGAAAGAGACAGAGAUGGAAAAGGGCAGAGCCGAGAAGUGUUAUCCAGAAACGGAACUGCCAAAGCCGGUAGGCCCACAUUAUCUAAUAUUAAAGGAGAAAGGAAACCAAAAUCAAAGCCUAAGCAAAAAGCAGGGCAGCAUUCUGUUUCUGUUAAUGGCCUCCUUGGCAAGCUAUCCGACCAACCUAAAGCAGCAUUGCCAUCUGUUUCAAAAUCAAAUGAAAUGUCUACCAAUAGCAAUGCCAAGGAAAAGAACGAGUCUGCCGCGGGUGAAGAUGAACACGAGGCUAUAGAUUUGUCGAACCUGCAACUACCUGGAAUGGAUGUACUUGAUGACCAAGGUCAGGAUAUUGGUUCGUGGUUGAAUAUUGAUGAUGAUGGAUUGCAAGAUGAUGGAUUUAUGGGCCUUGAAAUUCCCAUGGAUGACCUUUCAGACUUGAACAUGAUGGUUUGAAACAGCUUUCUAUGUAUAUUACAUACCAAUGACAGGAAACAAAGUACUUUAAGUAAUGACUAGUUACAGGAGAUGGUCUUAUGGCUAAUCCUAUCCUUAAUUAGGUUAUAUAGAUUCUUUGGUAGAUUAUCCUCCCCCAAGUUUUUUGAGUUACUUUCAGCUGUUUCGGAUUUUGCUCGUUUUGAAGUUCAUGACUUCCAGUGUAAAAAUCUUUUUGUUCAAGUAACAAUUUAGUAUUCCUAGUGAUUAUAAGUUAGCAAACACUGUAUCCUGGUUGUAGCUCUUAUAGAUCAGAGAACAAGGCCUUUGUACAUACAUUUAAUAUUUUAAUAAAAUCAGAUUUUCAUUUACUGAAACUACUCCCAGCCACCCACCCCACGCACACACACAACAAGUUUUUUGCUUUGGUAUUUUGCAGAUGAAGCUGUCAAGCAGUUUACCAUGCUUCGCUUGGUGCUCAUUCAGAAUUUUUCUGGAGGCUUCCUGGAGAAAUUGACGACUACGUAAAUAUGAUUAUUUUGUGUUUCAUCAAAUAAUGAGUAUGAUUAGUUGCUGUCCUCCUUGUGAUACUCGCAUAUGGACAGAUUCUUGUAAUCUAUCAUUCACUGUUCAGGUCUCUGGCUGACUAUUUAAUACUUGAUUUAUUAGCUACAAUUCUUAGGCUCUUGUUUUGGUUUUAAUUGUUUUUCAAAGUGAAUCUGGAAUUCAGUAUUACAAAUUUUCCAUGAUCUUUGUAACAAUCAAUAUGUAAAAGUUGUGCCCAGGAAUUUCUGAUGUCAUUCCAGUUGAUCUUAUUGCUAUUUCUUUAGUUGGGUGAGUAACUACAUCUAAUAAUUGCAGGGCAUGGAAAGAAACUUAUCUCAAAUGUUUACAGAUAUGAUCCUCCUUUUUGAGAAAUUUAUUUGCAACGGAGUUAUUAUCAAACAAAUGGAAU